UAAAGAAAGAAAUCAAAUUCUGCUUUUCAACUCCUUCCCCAUUUCAGUUUUGGUCAAAUAAUAAUGGAGAUAUGGUAUGUUUGGGUUUUCAUAAUAUCUUUUUUCAGUGUAAGUGUAGGUAACUGGAUUUAUAGGUGGAGAAACCCUAAAUGCAAGGGCAAACUCCCUCCUGGUUCCAUGGGAUUCCCUCUAAUAGGAGAGACCCUUAGCUUCUUUGCCACUUCCAACUCCAUUGACAUGCAUUCUUUCAUUAAUGAAAGAUUGAAAAGAUACGGUCCGUUGUUCAAGACAAACAUAGCGGGUCGACCGGUGGCGGUGUCAUCAGAUCCCGAAUUCAACUACUUCUUGCUGCAACAAGAAGGGAAACUCAUCGAACUCUAUUACAUGGAUUCCUUUUCACAGAUGAUACACCACGAUAACAUGAGUAACCUAGGUGGCUACUUCCACAGGUAUCUACGGCGCUCCAUUCUCGGUCAUUUCGGGCAUGAGCCACUCAAACGUAAGCUGUUGUCUGAGCUUGAGGAUGUAAUAAACCAAGAAUUACAUAAGUGGACCAAUCUGCCAGAGGUCGAUGUAAAACGCCAAACUGUUCCCAUGUUAUUUGAUUUAACCUCACAGAUCCUGAUGAGCCAUAAACCAGAAGAAAAUUUAGGUGAAGAUUUAAACAACAUGUUGCAAUCAAUUAUGACAUUUCCUUUAUAUAUCCCUGGGACCACUUUCUACAAAUGUAUACAGAAGAAAAGAAAAGCAAUAAAGCUGACAAGUAGGGUUGUAGAAGAGAGAAUGAAGGGGUACUCUUGUGAUAAUUCAGCAGAAGGUUGCAAUAAAACGGGAGAUUAUUUGGAUGAAAUAGUAGGAGACAUUGGGAAAGAAGCAUUUUUGACGAAGGAAUUCGUGCCUUACCUUCUGUUUGGGCUACUCCUUGCUACUGUCGAGACUAUUUCUCCCACUAUCACUUUGGCUACCAUGUAUCUACUGGACAACCCAUCGGCUUUGCAACAAUUAACAGAGGAGCAUGAGGAAAUUCUAAAGAACAGAGAAGAUGCCAAUUCUGGACUUGUAUGGGAGGAAUACAAAUCCAUGACGUUCACUCGUUACGUGAUUAAUGAAACACUUAGGUUAGAAAAUGUUCUUCCUGGGAUGCUGAGGAAGGUUAUAGCUGACAUUCACGUCGAUGGAUAUACAAUACCAAAAGGUUGGGUCCUAUUGGUUAUGCCCACAGCACUUCAUCUAAACCCUAAUAUAUAUGAAGAUCCUCUUACCUUCAACCCUUCAAGAUGGAAGAACAUUGGGAGCAAUGGAAUGGCAAAGAACUUCAUACCAUUUGGAGGAGGGAAUAGGCCGUGUGCUGGGGCAGAGUUCAGCAAGGUUCUAGUGGCUGUCUUUUUACAUGUCUGGGUCACCAAAUUCAGGUUCACAAAAAUCAAGGGAGGGAACAUUGUUCGUUCACCCAUUCUGGAAUUUACAGAUGGUUUCUACGUUAAUGUUUCAAGGAAACAUGGUUAAAAUACACCCACAAUAGACAUAUAUAUUAAAAUGCUAUACAUAUGUGAGUUCAUUAAUGCCAGUGUUUUGAUUUUAUCCAUAACAUUAGUUAUAAAUAUUAGUGAUAAUUUCAGUCUACAAGUGCCCAAAUGUAUGUUCGGACAUGUACUUAUGAUUGUACUAUAUUUAUAGAUCAUGAAUGUAUCCAUUCUGGGUUGUGAACA